AUGGGGCUGCUGUCCCAGGGCUCGCCGCUGAGCUGGGAGGAGACCAAGCGCCACGCCGACCACGUGCGGCGGCACGGGAUCCUCCAGUUCCUGCACAUCUACCACGCCGUCAAGGACCGGCACAAGGACGUGCUCAAGUGGGGCGACGAGGUGGAAUACAUGUUGGUGUCUUUUCCCCCCCAAAAUAAGAAAGUCCGGUUGGUCCUGUCCGGAGAGGAAGUUCUUGAAACUCUACCCCCCCCGGGGGAAAGGACAAACCCAAACCAUCCUACCCUGUGGAGACCAGAGUACGGCAGUUACAUGAUUGCCCCCCCACCCGGACAGCCGUAUGGAGGAACGAUGUCCGAGUUCAACACAGUCGAAGACAACCCCCCCAAACGUCGGAAGGAAGCAACUUCUUUAUUAGGAGAAAACCAGGCUCUCUGUACACCCCCCCCAUUUCCCAGAUUAGGCUGUCCUGGGUUCACGCUGCCAGAGUUCACCCCCCCUCCAGUUGAAGGAGGAGCUUCCAAGUCCCUCUUCUUUCCUGAUGAAGCCAUAAACCCCCCCCCCCGCUUCAGUACCCUAACAAGAAAUAUCCCCCCCCGGAGAGGAGAAAAGGUUGUCAUCAAUGUACCAAUAUUUAAGGACAAGAAUACACCCUCUCCAUUUAUAGAAACAUUUCCUGAGGAUGAGGAGGCAGCCAAGGCUUCUAAGCCUGAUCAUAUUUACAUGGAUGCCAUGGGAUUUGGGAUGGGCAAUUGCUGUCUUCAGGUACCCCCCCAAGCCUGCAGCAUAUCUGAGGCCAGAUACCUGUAUGAUCAGUUGGCCACUAUCUGUCCAAUUGUCAUGGCUUUGAGCCCCCCCCCUCCUUUUUACCGAGGCUAUGUGUCUGACAUUGAUUGUCGCUGGGGAGUGAUUUCUGCAUCUGUAGAUGAUAGAACUCGGGAGGAGAGAGGACUGGAGCCACUGAAGAACAAUAACUAUAGGAUCAGUAAGUCCCGAUACGAUUCGAUAGACAGUUACUUAUCUGAGUGCCCCCCCAAAUACAAUGACAUCGACUUGACGAUAGAUAAAGAAAUCUACGAACAACUGUUGCCCCCCCGCAUUGAUCGUCUCCUGGCCCAGCAUGUUGCUCAUCUCUUCAUUAGAGACCCACUGACUCUGUUCGAAGAGAAAAUACACUUGGAUGAUGCCAAUGAAUCUGACCAUUUUGAGAAUAUUCAGUCCACAAAUUGGCAGACAAUGAGAUUUAAACCCCCUCCUCCAAACUCAGAUAUUGGAUGGAGAGUAGAAUUCCGACCCAUGGAGGUUCAGUUAACAGACUUUGAGAACUCUGCAUAUGUGGUGUUUGUGGUGCUGCUUACCAGAGUGAUCCUUUCAUACAAACUGGAUUUUCUCAUUCCACUAUCAAAGGUUGAUGAAACCCCCCCAGUUGCACAGAAACGCGAUGCUGUCUUGCAGGGAAUGUUUUAUUUCAGGAAAGACCCCCCCAAAGGUGGCACCGCCAUGGUGGACGGCUACAGCAAGGCCCAGAGCAGCACGGACCAGGCAGUGGAGGAGUACACCCUGAUGAGCAUAGACACCCCCCCCAACGGGAAGGAAGCUGUGUUUCCUGGGCUGAUCCCGAUUCUGAACUCUUACCUCGAAAACAUGGAAGUGGACGUGGACACCAGAUGCAGUAUUCUGAACUCCCCCCCGCUAAUUAAGAAGAGAGCAUCUGGAGAACUAAUGACAGUUGCCAGGUGGAUGAGAGAGUUUAUCGCAAACCAUCCUGACUACAAGCAAGACAGUGUGAUAACUGAUGAAAUGAACUAUAGCCUUAUUUUAAAGUGUAACCAAAUUGCAAAUGAAUUAUGUGAAUGCCCAGAGUUACUUGGACCAGCAUUUAGGAAAGUAAAAUACAGUGGAAGUAAAACUGACUCUUCCAACUAGACCUUCUGCCAAAGGAAAAACACAUUACUAUUUUAUUGGAGAACUGACUGCAGUACUCCUCAGCCCCUGUGUGUGGGAUGAAGACCAAAUUCUAGAAUGGCACCGUCUGUUGGGCCAGUCGGCCAGAGAUGGGUUUAGAGGCUUUCCUUCAGUAGGUAAAUCUAGAGUUUAUACAGCAUACAUGUACAUAGUAAAAUAUUUUUAUGAUUAACAGUGUAUUUUAAUAACAUUGUAUCUAAAGUCCUUGUGAACCGGCUUGUACAUUUUUCAAUUCUUACUCUGGAAUACCUACUGUCUGAGCAGUUUUGUAAAUGUAAUGUACUCAUCACUGUACUAUACCUGCAUUCCAGAGUUUAAGAUGUUUACUGUAAAUUUUUGGGUUUUUUUUUUUUUUUAAAGACUUUACUUGGGACCUGAUUCACUGAAAUUUAUCACUUCUCUUUAAAAACAGUUGGUCUUGUUAAUUUUGAGUCUUCUCCUUUGUUGUGUGGGU